AGUUGUGUAGAACGGGUUGCCAGUUGAGAAUCCGUUAACCUGAAUAUCCGUGUGUGAUGAGAACCCUUGAGUAAAAAAAAACAUUUUCCCUACUUCGACAACAUCACAGGUGUAACGGAUACCGAAUCUUAGGUUGUUUACAAAAACAUUUCCUGCCAAUGUUUCUUCUUUCGUACCAGGAUCCCAAGAGGUAUUGACGUUACCCAAAGGGGGGGAUGCUUUUCCUUUAUUUGGCAACCUUUCCCCGGGCAUUAUCAGCGCUGCGCAAGUCGAGUCCUGAGGAACGAACUAAGUCUGCAUUAUUAGAAAGGCCUGUGACGGAUCAUGGCAGAUGAGGGAUACGUGGUUCGCAUAAGGGGGCUCCCAUGGGCUUGCUCUGUAGAUGAAAUACAGAGGUUCUUCUCUGAUUGCAAAAUUGCAAACAAUGCCACAAGCAUCCAUUUCACAUACACAAGAGAAGGACGACCCAGUGGAGAGGCCUUUGUGGAGGUGGAGACUGAGGAUGACUUGAAGAUUGCUGUAAAGAAGGACCGAGAAACCAUGGGUCACAGAUAUGUUGAGGUUUUCAAGUCGAACAACGUUGAAAUGGACUGGGUCAUGAAGCACACCGGGCCAAACUGUCCGGAGACCGCCGGAGAUGGGCUGGUCCGCUUACGUGGUCUUCCCUUCGGCUGCAGCAAGGAGGAGAUUGUCCAGUUUUUCUCAGGGUUGGAAAUCGUGCCAAAUGGGAUUACAUUGCCGGUGGACAUCCAGGGGAGGAGUACGGGGGAGGCCUUCGUGCAGUUUGCUUCACAGGAUAUAGCUGAAAAGGCUCUAAAGAAACACAAGGAGAGAAUAGGGCACAGGUACAUUGAGAUCUUCAAGAGCAGCCGCGCCGAGGUGCGUACCCACUAUGAACCCCAGAGGAAGCCCAUGGGCAUGCAGCGCCCCAGCCCCUACGACCGGCCCUCGGGUGGCGGUCGCGGCUACAACAUGAUGGGCCGUGGGGGAUCGUACGACCGCAUGCGCCGCGGAGGCUACGGAGGAGGAGGUGGUGGAGGUGUAUCAGAUGGACGCUAUGGCGACAGUAGCUCCUCCUUCCAGAGUACAACGGGACACUGCGUUCACAUGAGAGGCCUUCCAUACAGAGCCGCCGAGACGGACAUUUACAAUUUCUUCUCUCCGUUGAAUCCGGUGCGGGUCCAUAUUGAAGUGGGUCCCGAUGGCAGGGUGACUGGGGAGGCCGAUGUAGAGUUUGCCACACACGAGGAUGCAGUGGCAGCGAUGUCCAAGGACAAGGCCAACAUGCAGCACCGUUAUCUGGAGCUGUUCCUCAACUCAACAUCCGGAGGAAGCAACGGUGCCUACAGUAAUCAGAUGAUGGGUAACCAGUCCUCCUAUAGUGGAGGUCAAAUGAGCUCUGGCUACUCCAGUGGAUACAGUAGCCAGGGCAACAUGGGAGGCUACAAUGACUACAGUAAUCAGGGUGGAAUGGGCAGCAGUUACUAUGGAGGUGGGGGAGGAGGAGGAAGCGGAAGUUCCAUGAAUGGUCAUGGGGGAGUAUGGUGAAUGUAGAGGGCUUGGCUGGUUUGCGUCUGUCUUUUUCUUUUCUUUUUUAUGGUUGUUUGCUGGACGUUACUGGAGAUGUAAAUACACCAAUACAUGGCCGGGGGCACCGAAGGGUGUCUAGAAAACGGAAUUGUGACUGGAUUUGAUUUUAGUGCUGUGAGGAUUUUGCUACAAGGAGUUUGCAGAACAAAGCACCGUUACGUUUUUCUUUUUUUUUUUUUUUCAAAUUGGAUGCUUCAAACUUUGCUUAACUUUACCAAGAAGUCAUUUCAUUUAAUAUAAUUGCUGAAGUUAUCAUUAAAAGUGAAUUUUUGCAUUGACCAUUUUAAAAUGAGUACCGGAGUGCAUGAACAAACUAAUUGUUUGUAAAUAUUUCUGGAAUCCUGUUUAACCCCAUACCUGGUUUAAGCUUUUUAUUUGGGGAUCGUUGUUAAUAUGAAUUUUAGGGGUGGGAAUCUCUUGGCACCUCACGAUUCGAUUCUGAAGCGAUUAUCGAUGCAUCUCGAUGCAACAAUUUUUUUAUGUACAUUUCCAUGCGUGAUUUUCAAAAAUAUAUCUAUACAUCUGUGUUUGCUACUCGGUUUGCUAAUCACUUCCUACUUUUGUGAUGUCAUCUGCAUCAACAGAUGAAUUAACUUAUCGAAUAUUUUAUAAGAGAAAGCUUUUGUCACAAAUGACUUUCUAUGAACAAUGCAAUAUUUAAUGCAGCUUGCCUUGCAUUAUAACACAAUAUGGACGCAUGAAAAAAAUAGGUUAGUUUUAUUUUCUUUCUAAUCUUUCUUUUGUCAUUAAAUAAAAAGCUGCUCUUGAAUUAGGAGUUCUUGUGUCUGGCUGUGAUUUUGCGCGCAGCGCAUGCUAUGCGUAGGCUGAAUCGCAAUCGUGUCAAGACAAAUCAGAUUGGCCAAUACACACUGAAGAUAAAUUCAAUUAAAAAAAUUAUCCCUCUAGCAUACAGAAUGUUGCAGCAGGCAAAAAAAUGUAUAUUAAUUCAGAUUAUUUUUUCUGCAUCGAGACAAAAUCGUUCUAGCGAGAAUCGCGGUGCAUCGAAGAAUGGAUUAUUUUUCCCACCCCUAAUGAAUUUACAAGUAACCUAGCUGAAGAUGUUUUUCUAAAAGGUGUACAUGCUGUUAGCCCAGAGGCUUCUUCUAGAGGGCUACAAAGUUAGUUACAAAGUAUCGGAAUUCUUGCUAAUGCAAAGGUUUCUACUGCUUCAACUACCAUUUGUAUUUCCUGUGCACAAGGUUAAUAAAUUGGUCUGGAUUCAUUGAG